AUGCGUCCAUCAAUCGUGUUGUUGGCAGCCAUUGCCCUUGCCCUAUGUCGUUUCGAUCUGAGCGAGGGCCUGAUGAAAGUGAUCGUGGACUUUGACCGCUGGGAACACAUCAACGGUUCGGACAUAUUCAACGUGGAAAAGCUGCGUGUACGCAAGUUCAACAGGACGCUGUCGGUUCUGAACGGUACCGGAGCCUUGCUAAUCGAUCUUUCGGAUAAGUACGAGUAUGGUCUCAGCUUUGCCCGCAGUGCCCAAGGCAACAAUCAGUACGACGCGUACCCGAUGAAGCUCGCAUCCAGGCCUUUCUGUGAUUUUAUCAAAACACACUACCACGACUACCAACACAUGUUCUUGAACUUCACCAACUUGCCCUUCGUGCCAGAUGAGGGUCUGUGUCCAUUCCCGAAAGGUGAAUACUGGGUGAAGGAUGCCUAUAUUGAUUCGUCCACAAUACCGAUCGUUGUACCGGAAGGGUUCUGGCGGGCUACAACCGAGCUACGUUUGAUAGAAACCGGCGAGAUCGUUGCCCGUGGAGCAAUGUUCGUGAAGCUGUCCAAGGAAUAUGUUUGA